GAGGUAGUGCUGUGCUUCUGCACACCCUGGGGAAAGUCCCCGGGUCACGCGGUUGUGUGUGGGGAGCCUGUGACGCUCAAGCUCAUCUCCACGCUUCCGCCUACAGAGUCACGACUGAGGACCGUGGCGGAGGUGCCCAGAGCGCGGGCCGACCCCCGCCUAGCCUCUUGAGUAGGCAGGCGGGCGGGCGGGCGCGCACGUACGCACGCACUCUUCUGCCCCCGCUCUCCUCGUUCCCCGGCUACCAGGCGCGCGGUCACGUGGGCCCAUCGCGGGGCGGCCGGCGCGGGAAGCCGCGCGAGAGCGGACCGUGGGGUGCGUGAGCCGGCGCCGCCGCGUGACGUGCGCGGCGCGGGAGCCGCCCCUCCCGCACGGUGGAGCCGGCUGGCCGCCGCGGCGGCGUCUGGAGCCACAAUGGACACAGGUAGCCAUAGCCUUGUCCUCCUGCAGCAGCUGAACAUGCAGCGAGAAUUUGGUUUUCUGUGUGAUUGCACAGUUGCUAUUGGAGACGUUUACUUCAAAGCCCACAGAGCAGUGCUUGCUGCUUUUUCUAACUAUUUCAAGAUGAUAUUUAUUCACCAAACAAGUGAAUGCAUAAAAAUACAACCAACUGAUAUCCAACCUGACAUAUUCAGCUAUUUGCUGCACAUUAUGUAUACGGGGAAAGGGCCAAAACAGAUUGUGGAUCAUAGUCGUCUGGAGGAAGGGAUUCGAUUUCUUCACGCCGACUACCUUUCUCACAUUGCGACUGAAAUGAAUCAGGUGUUCUCACCAGAGACUGUGCAGUCCUCCAAUCUGUAUGGCAUUCAGAUCUCAACAACCCAAAAAACAGCUGUCAAACCAGGGCUGGAGGUCAAAGAAGCUCCUUCCAGUAACAGUGGCAACAGGGCUGCUGCGCAGGGCGACCACCCCCAGCUGCAGCUCUCUCUCGCUAUUGGGCUGGAUGAUGGCACUGCCGAUCAGCAGAGGGCACGUCCUGCUGCCCAGGCCUUGGAGGAACACCAGAAGCCCCCAGUGUCCAUCAAGCAGGAGAGAUGUGACCCAGAGUCUGUGAUCUCCCAGAGCCAUCCCUCACCCUCAGCAGAGGUGACAGGCCCCACUUUCACCGAAAGCGGUAUCAAAAUACACUUAUGCCAUUACUGUGGGGAACGUUUUGAUUCCCGUAGUAACCUAAGACAACAUCUCCAUACCCACGUGUCCGGAUCUCUCCCGUUUGGUGUCCCUGCUUCCAUUCUGGAAAGCAACGACCUUGGUGAAGUGCAUCCACUUAAUGAAAACAGUGAGGCUCUUGAAUGCCGCAGGGUCAGCUCCUUCAUUGUCAAGGAGAAUGAGCAGCAGCCUGACCACUCAAACCAGGGUACCACCGAGCCUCUGCAGAUCAGCCAAGUGUCUCUGAUCUCCAAAGACUCAGAGCCAGUAGAAUUAAACUGUAAUUUUUCUUUUUCAAGGAAAAGAAAAAUCAGCUGUUCCAUCUGUGGUCAUAAAUUUCUCCGAAAAAGCCAACUGCUGGAACACAUGUAUAUACACAAAGGUAAAUCUUCCAGAUACAACCGAUGCCAAAGGUUCAGUAAUGCGGUAGCCCAGAGAUUUCAGCCGUACUGUGACAGCUGGUCUGAUGUCCCCCUGAGAAGUUCUUGCUUGUCGCAAGAACAGUUAGAUUCAUCCUGUGCCUUAGAGUCAGAGCUCACACAAGAAAGUGUGGACACUAUCCUUGUGGAGUAGCAGUUUCUCCUCCAUAAUUUUUAUAUCAAUUCUGAAAAAAAAUCCACAUGCAUUUUUUUAUUCAUGAACUCUCUUCCUCCUCAACGUCUGUUCACUUUUUUCUUUGCCAUUUAUCCAUAGUUUUAAGGUGGUAUAUAUUAGGUCUUAUUGUAAGGUAUGUUAUACACAUGGCUAUUAAAAUGUAACCUUCAAGUAGAGCAUGAACCGUUCAUAAAUCACAAUUACGAAAUCAGAAAUCAGUGUAAGAAUUAUGGAACUUUAGAGUAAAUAUUUAUAGAAUUUCUAAGUAGAAUCAGUAAAACCAAAUUGAAAAUGAAGUAAAUGAAAUUUUUUAAAGAAUACUCUAGACUAUCAGUUUUGGCUAAUUUUUCACAUGAAUAAGCCACUGUAAAGACUAUUUAAAAAUAUUUUCUGGGGCGCUGGGGGGGCUCAGUUGGUUGAGUAUCCAACUUGGGCUCAGGUCAUGAUCUUGCCAUUCUGAGUUCGAGCCCCACAUGGGCUCUGCGCUGACAGCUC